GAUCGUAGCUUCGGGUUCAGGUGCCGUACCGCGGCCGGACCGGAAAGGAGGGGGACAGCGAACCUCCUGCCAAGAGGCCAAGGUAGCUUGCUAACUCUCAGCCACUUGUUAGAAGGAAGUGCAGCUUGAUUGGCGGGGGGAAUCAACGGGAAGGAAAUAAGGCGCUGUAAGCGUUCGAUUCUAUUUCCUCCUUUGGUAAGGAUUGGUCGGUGAUGUGAUUGGAAUUCGUCUUUUCUUUGUUUGUAUCACCGAGACACCCGAAGGGCCGGCCAUAUGUACCUCGGGAGACCCGGCCCAUUCAAAUCAAAAUAGAACGAGCACCUACGACUAAGGGGAAUGGAAUGUCGACCACAGGGUGAGAUGAUCUUAGAAUACGAGGGCGAGUGACUGGUCAAGUCAUGAAACUUAGUCAUUUUGAUCAACAUGGCUGCGGGUUUAUGUGUUUGAACUGACUACGACCAAAGUCGUGGCUACUUCAACCAAAAAAAGGGCGACCCCCUAUUCAAACCGAAAGAAGUACCUCACCUCACUUACGAAGAAGUAGUUUUUUCUGGGCUCCGAACUAUUUCGGUUUGGUUUUGUUUCAUGUUUCUAAGAGCGGUCUUAUCAAAUAAGGAAUCAGACCGCUCCUGGUGUUCGAACUAGUCAUUAAUGGUCGGCUUAAUUGGUACCCUUUCGGUAUGCGUUGCGAACACUUUCAUUUUUAGCGUCUCAUCUUCUCUAGAGAAGCGAAAAUCGAACGGAUAGAGCAGAUGGUCCAACUACAGAACUUCUUCUUUUUCAUUACUUCCAUGGUCGUGCCUCGUGGCACGGCAGCACCCGUACUAUUGAAAUGGUUCGUCAGUAGAGAUGUUCCCACAGGUGCCCCUUCUUCCAAUGGUACUAUAAUUCCUAUUCCUAUCCCUGAAUUCCCUCUUUUGGUCUAUCUACAUUCCAGGAAAUUCAUACGCUCCAUGGACGGAGCAAAAAGUGGAGUGUUGGUCAGAGCAAGCCGCCCUAUUCUAUUACCAGACAUAAUUGGGAGAAGCUCAUCCGAAACUAGAGCUAGAAACGCCUCAUUUCGUUUCGUACCCGUUCUUCAUUUCCUUCUUCUCGAAUCCAAGGGGGACUUGUCAUAUUUAGAAUCUUUCUGCGGUGUGCUCUGUUUACUAUUCUUUCGUACUCUCUUCUCUUUACCCCGCGAUAGGUCAGCGAAGCGUGAGCGGGCGCGGAGAAGGAAACGCCAAACACUUCGGCCUAACGGGAAUGAGCAACGACGAAAUGACAAGAUGAGGUGCCCCGGGCACCCCCAUUUAGAAAGAAGGGUCGAAGGUUUUGGGCCUGUAGCUUUCCCCGUCCCCCCUUCGUCGGGUGGUGCUUGUGUGGGGGGUGUGCCACCAGAAAUCGGGCUUGAAGCUCUCGCCUUACCAACGAGCCGACAGCUGAUGGCUGUUGGUCACGACUACUACCAAAAAGCUCCAAUGAAGAUUCAUAUUUCACAUGGAGGAGUGUGCAUCUUUAUGUUGGGUGUUCUUCUGUCGUGCGACCCGGCGGCUUAUGUGCGACCUGUGGCCCACGCCUCCUAUUUGUUCAGGGCGGGCGGCGUGAACUCUGAUUCGAUCCGGGUAUUCAAUCCCGCCGCUGAGAUGCUCAGUUGACUCCUUAACCUUGAUAGGAAGAUGGCUUAUUCCAAAAUUCGUGCAUAAGGGUAAGGAACUUUGGAUGAACUAAUGCGAAUGGGUGUAAGCCUCGCUGCUCGGAAACACCCAGUGCUGACCACACUGAGAGACACGAAAGCGCAGGUAACGCCAGUUGGCGAAGUGGCGUUAAGCAUCCCUAGCGGUACGAAAAGAGAGGUCGUGAUGAUAUCAUCUACGUCCGUACCGCUCCUCGUGGAGUAGAUCCCGCAUCCAACCAAGCCUUUGACCAGGGAACGGGAGAAUUCCCACUACCGCUGGCAGGCCAGCCGGGCCGUGAGCGCGGUGGGAACGGGCUUCC